AAUUCUAACCUGGGAUUCCCCUGUUGUGACGCGUGAAUAAGAGCACAAAAAAAAUCGGAUAUUUGAUCGAGAAAAGUGGAAUUUCUGAAUUAAUUUAUAAAAAGGUAAACUAACAGUUUGAUAGGCUACGAGAUCAGACCUAGGAUCAAUUCAAUGCUAGAAUCUGGGCUGUUGGUAAAUUGUUCAUGUCAAAUAUAAACAUUUAGAGAAUAGGCUACCAUGGAUCAGUUACUGCUCUCCAGGUCCAGCAGGAACAUGAGUCAGUCCGCAGUUCUACCGCAGUCGCCACUGGCGUGCCCGCGCUGUAAGAACACAGGAGCGAGGAAGGUGAGCGGUCAGCUGGCCGUUUGCCAUAGCUGCUCGACCUUCAUGAGGCGUGUGUACCAGUUCUGCUGGGCCUGCAGGAGAGAGUGGACUGGCCAGGCGGGGUCGGGGGUGUGCCCCCGCCCUGACUGCGCCCUCCGUGCUGCCCUGCUCUCCUCCGAGGUCAUCAGUAAUCAAAGCAGCUCCGUCAACGGCUGCCCUUUCUUCAGGGCCUGUCCUGGAUGCACCGCCCUCCUCACACACACCGGAGACGGCUGCCCCCAAAUCGACUGCCCGGAAUGUGGAGAGAUUUUCUGCUUCCGCUGCCUGAAGACGGAAUGUGAUGACGAUUAUGAUGAUGAUAGUGAUGAUGAUGAUUUUAAUGAUGAUGAUACUGAUGUGUCAGAGGUUUCGUCACAUUAUAGAUGUACUAUUGUGGAUAAUAGUCAGACGAUCAUAGAUUAAGGACUCGGGAGUAUAGGGGCCCGGUGUUGAACAGUCUUGAUGUGAAUAUUUUUUGUCAUAGUGUCAUCAGUACUUUCACAAGAACUAUUAAUCAGUAGUAUACCUUCUUUCUUAGAGAAAAUCACGAAAAAAUAAAAAUAAUAAAAAUA